AUCGGAAAGUCUCAAGCGUGUGCAACCUAACUUCUCUACAAGCCAACACAGGCCUGGAUGGAAGAGAUGUGCAAGAUCCAAGCUGUCCAUCAGGUGGGUCCCUACUUGUUGAUGCCACAGCUCAAAAAUCAGGCGAGUCCACUCCUUGGAGGGUCACCAAAAGCAAGGGACCUACACCCUACGAAUUCUGUGCAGCAAGACCCAUUUAGGAGUUUCUCUGUUUUAAGGACAUCAUAUAUCUUCACAAGCUGGGAAGAUGCCUCUAUCAAACAGAAUCUUAGCAAUAGGGAGCCUGCUGAGACUAUUAGGUGGAGAUCACCUGCAACGCAGGGUCGUGGCGGUAACAGGAGCUAUUCUUCUCAUUACAUCUCCUAUGGGACAUUUGGUCAGGUUUUGGAAUGCUGGGACAGGUAAAAAAGAGAUGGUAGCCAUCAAGGUUGUCCGUGGUAUUAAUGAGAAGAGAAAGGUACGCUCUUUUCUUUUCUUUUUUCAAUCAUCAUUUUAGGUCACUAAAAAUUGGCCACGCUUGUGUGGAUGUAACUAAGCAGAGGGAAGUUUUAGCCCCCCUUUCAGAUUUUUGGUGCAUGGACCAUAAUAUCAUCAUUUCUACAAUGGCCCCUUUCAUAAAAACUAAAAAACCCCUUGUGUAUACUUAUUGUAUUUCAUGCAUGCUAACUGUUUGAUGAAAUGGCUAAACAAAGAAUGUUUUGUGUGGAUGUAGCUGAGCAGAUGAAUAUGGUGUAAGUUUUAGUGGUCGGCUACAUAUUUGAACUCAUGCAUAUUUCUUCAACUUGUGCGUAUCUCUUCUUCAAAUGAGAAUGAAUGUUAAUGUGUGAACCCGGGACUGAACAGAGGUCGAACAACAAAGAAUUAAUGUGUGAACUUUAUGUUAUCUGCAAUUAGUUUUUAUUGGGAAUGCAUUUCUUAUGUUAUCUAGAGUUUGUGACCAACAAAUAUCCAUAAAUUUCAUACCCAUUGAAGUAGAGACUGGCUUUGCUCUUCUUGAUUUUCAUUGAUCACAUUGCGUCCUGAUAUCAGUUGCAACAGAACAAUUCCAAAUGAAUUAAACAUGUCCUUACAGAAACUAUGUCAUUCUCUGUACACUCAGGU